AUGGCACACGGUGCGGAAGAUUGCGCAACUGUUCUGGAGCAGUUUGUUCACGAUGUAGCAAAUUUGCCUGCUGAGAUCAACCACUUGAUGGAAGAAAUCCAGGCCAAAGAUAAGACUAUGCAGGAGUGUCGUGCAACAAUAAAUUCUCGGGACGGCAGUAUUCAGAAGUUCAUCAAGCUUAACGGCAGUUUGGUACCGAAUCCAAAGGAAGAGCAGUACUCGAAGACUGUACUCCAGAAUAUGGACCGGGCUUAUGAGUUGCAGAAUGAAAAGAUCCAGCUCAGUGAAAAGGCCUGUGUCCUGCUUGAUCGCCAGAUUAAGCGCUUGGAUAUGCGCAUUCGAGAUCUUGUGAAUGAGGGCCAACUCUCGAAUGAUCCACCCCUUCCGUCCCUCUUUGAUAACAAGAAGAACUACCGCGACCCACCGCGCAUUUUCUUCAACGAUGCUACUUCGUCCGAGUCCCCCGCAUACCCUGCAUCAGGGAACCCGACAUCUGGCAAUCAAAACCCUACUCUGGUUACCGCUCAACGGCUAAAUCAGGCCACCCCUCGCACCGCAAGUGCGGCGGCGCUAAUGGCGCAAACCAAUGCGCGCAGCUCUGCGCCCUCUACCCCAGUCGGAUAUAGUGGCGUCCCAUUAAUGCAGCGCCAACGUGAGUCUUCAGCCGGUGCAGUGGACAGCAAGCGCCGCCGCCUGAAUCCAUCCCUCGGUUCACUUCCCGUCGCAUCCUCGAAUCUGCGCCAGUCAUCCAUGGGCCCCGGAACACCGAAGCCUGGAACGCCGGGAGCAACCCGCGCUGGAAGCGUCGACUCACGAUCAAACGGAAUUAUCAAAAAGGCACUGACCAAAAAGGUCGCGCCGCACCAGCAGGUGAAGAAGAUCAAGGUCUCUUCGUCUCAUAAAAAGGGCUCUUCCUCUUCUGGUCGCAUCAAAUUGCACAAGAAUGGCGAGGGAGAUGAAGAUGAUGACUCGAUGCUCAGCAGUGCAGAUACGUCCGAUUCUGAUAAGAGCGAUACUGGUGGCGGCGAGGAUGAUAUUGAUGAUGACGAGGAGGAAGACGAGGGCAAUGAGGAUACCAAGGUCUAUUGCACCUGUCGCACCGUCAGCCAUGGUGACAUGGUGGCUUGUGACAACAACAGUUGUCCAUAUGAAUGGUUCCACUGGAAGUGCGUAGGUUUGACACGCGAACCAGUGGGUACGUGGUAUUGCGAGGAAUGUAGAAGAACCACAGGCAGGUAA